UCUCACAAAGCACAGAAAGAAGCAACAGAGAAAUACAGCUCAGGUUCACAGGUUUCUGUGUCUUAUAGCGUGGGAAGCUUGCAAAUUUUGAUUUGCACAAUGUCAUCAUCCAUGAUGCUGUAGGGCGAAUAAGCAAUCUGAUGGAUCACAGUUCUGAAGAAGAAUCUGACAUUAGUGAAUCAGAGAUCAAUGACUACAAGGACAAGCCAUAUGAAGAUUUGAAGACUGGAAAAUACAAAGUAAAGGUAAAUGGCACCUUAAGAUGUCCAUUCUGUGCUGGGAAAAAGAAGCAGGAUUACAAGUACAAGGAUUUGCUUCAACAUGCAUCAGGAGUGGCUAAGGGUUCUGCCAACAGGAGUGGAAAACAAAAGGCAAACCAUCUUGCCCUAGCAAUGUAUUUGGAAAAUGACCUAGUAAAUGAAGCAGAUCAAAUUCAACGUCCAGUUUUGCCCCAACCUGUCAAUCAAACACCAGAGCAACUAGAUGUCUUUGUAUGGCCUUGGAUGGGAAUAAUAGUUAACAUUGUGACUAAUGAUAAUGCCUUAUGUGAGAGUGGAUAUUGGUUGAAAAAGUUUGCUCAGUAUAAACCUUUGGAAGUUUAUACUUUCUGGAGUGAACAAGAGCAAACUGGACAGGCUGUGGUGAAAUUUAACAAUGAUUGGAAUGGCUUUGUUAAUGCAACUCAAUUUGAAAAAUCAUUUGAAACUUUGCAUCAUGGUAAAAAGGAUUGGAAAGCACAAAAGACACAUCCUGGGUCAAGUAUAUAUGGGUGGUGUGCUCGUGCUGAUGAUCAUGAUUCUGAGGGGCCAAUAGGAGAGUAUCUUCGUAGGGAAGGGAAGUUGAGAACAAUUUCUGGCAUUGUCCAAGAAGCAACUGAAAGCAGAAAUACUGUUGUGGCACACCUAGCGAAUAAAAUUGAUCAGACAAAUGAAAAUUUGGGUGAACUCGAAUACAAAUACAAUGAAAAGACCAUGUCCUUGAGUCGGAUGCUUGAAGAGAAAGACAAACUGCACUAUGCUUUCCUUGAAGAAAGAAGGAAGAUGCAGCGGCUUCAACGUGAUAAUCUUCACAGAAUCAUGGAAGAGGCAGAAAAUCUGAAUGAUGAACUAGAGGCUAAGAAGAGGAAACUUGAUUGCUGGAGCAAAGAAUUGAACAAACGUGAAGCACUAACUGAGCGUGAGAGACAAAAACUUGAUGAAGAGAAGAAAAUGAAUGAUGUGAGAAACAAUUCACUUCAUUUGGCAUCUAUGGAGCAGAAGAAGGCUGAUGAGAAUGUCUUAAGGCUGGUUGAAGAGCAAAAGAGGGAGAAAGAAGAGGCUCUAAAUAAGAUACUUCUGUUGGAAAAACAGUUAGAUGCCAAACAAAAGUUGGAACUUGAAAUUGAAGAGCUAAAAGGGAAACUUCAGGUGAUGAAGCAUCUUGGUGAUCAAGAUGAUACAGCCGUUCAAAAGAAGAUGAAGGAGAUGAAUGAUGAGCUGGAGCAGAAAGUAGAGGAUUUGGCUGAUGUUGAAUCUCUGAAUCAAACUCUUAUUGUAAAAGAGCGCCAGAGCAAUGAUGAGCUUCAAGAGGCACGUAAAGAAUUAAUUCAGGGUUUGAAAGAUACAUUGUCCUCAGUUGUUAGGACUAAUAUUGGAAUAAAAAGAAUGGGAGAAAUUGAUGAAAAGGCAUUCCUAAAUACAUGCGAGCAAAGAUUUCCAAAAGAGGAAGCUCAGGUUCAGGCCACUACUUUAUGCAGCUUGUGGCAGGAGAAUUUGAAGAAUCCAGACUGGCAUCCCUUUAAAAUCAUCAAUCAUGUUGAAGGGAAUCAUCAGGAAAUAGUAGAUGAAGAAGAUGAGAAGCUGCAAAAUCUCAAGCAGGAGUGGGGGGAUGAGAUAUACAGGGCAGUUGUUACUGCUUUGAUAGAAUUAAAUGAGUAUAAUCCGAGUGGGAGAUACGUGAUUCCUGAGCUUUGGAACUUUAAAGAAGGAAGGAAAGCCACGUUGAAGGAGGUGAUUGGUUAUAUUGUGAAGAAUAUCAAGACCCUUAAGCGUAAGAGAUGAAGAGACCUUGAUGCUAAGGUGUCUCUGGAAGAAAUGGAAGGUCUUCAACAAGAGGUUUGCUGAAAGUGCAACCAAUGAAACCUGAAGCUGGGACCAUGAUUCGUCAGAGUUAAUUUUAUGUCAAGUAGCUCCGUCAAGGUGUAUCUUGAAUUGUGAACUUAAUUUCUAGUACAAAAUCCUCUUUAAACUCCUGAAUCUCUUUCAAAUUGCGAAGUUCCCUGGUUCGUUACUA